UUGGUACUUCCCAGUGAAUUUUGCUUUGUUAUGCUAUGUAUAUUCUUAGUUUUAUAACUGCAUAGUUAAAUUGUUUUGAAUCGUAUUUAAAGAUAAGUGAUUAUUUGUGUGGAAAAUGUUUUGCAAACGAAUGCCAAGUAGUAAGGAAAGACGUAUGCGCCUUCUUCAAGACGACCAUCUUUCCGAUUGUCAGUUCCUAGUUGGUGAUCCUGCAUGUGAGGAACCUAGACUUUUUCAUUGCCAUAAAAUGAUUUUGGCCACGGCGUCUGAAGUGUUUGAAAGGAUGUUUUAUAGUGAAUUCGAUAUAGUUGGUCCGAUACGUAUAACAGAAGUGGGUCCCAAAAGCUUUGAACAUUUCUUGCGCUACGUUUACAUAUAUGAAAUAGAGUCGGAACAACUCUUACCAUCAACUUCAACUAUCUCCGAAUUGUUUUAUUUAGCAGACAAAUAUAUGAUGCAAGACUUAAUAGACGAGAUUGUAGAGUAUUUAAAAUGCAAACAUAACUGGACAUCGGACGAUGUGUGGCUAAUUUUUGAUCUAGCAUGUCUUCAUGAAAAUUUGCCACUGAUAUUAUUAUGUUACGAAAAACUUUUGAAAAACACGAUAUUAUUGUUGAUCAAUGACGGCUUCUAUCAACUUAAUGUGAACCAUUUGAAACGUCUGGUUAUUUUUCUCUCAAAACAACCACAGAUAUCAACAAAUCUAAUUUUCAAAUAUCUUGAGGAAUACGGUAGACGUAAUGCCUUACAUAAAAAUCGAAAAUCCGAAAAAUUCCACAAGCUGGUUGAUGCUGCAUGCCAUCUGGAUUUUAACAAGUUAUCAAUUAUUGAUUUGGAAUCUGGCCCAGGGGCAUCCUAUAUUUUUAACAAUCAGUAGUCUACUCCGAUAUUUUAUCUUUCGGAACGAAUUGUGUCUAUACGUUUUACAUAAGAAUUUCUGUAAGCAUAUGUUUUAUUUAUAUCAAUUAUAAUUUUCCAAUGAAUGUUGUAUGAAGUAUUUAUUACCAUGAUAUUAAUUACUUCACAAUAGAAAAACUA